AUGAGCGCACAUAACAGACACAGCAUCCAGAAUGCACAGAAACGGCCGAGCCAGAGGCUUCUUGGAUCAAGAGCCCCUCAAAGCAGUGGCAAUGAGCUAUCAUGGACGAGCUUUCUCAAGUUGGAAGAUGAUACAUGGCUCUAUGACCAAUUACUAUUCGGCAGCAAGACCUUUCCAGUUGCUGGAUACGUGGUAAUGGCCGGUGAAUGUAUGCGGCAGCUGUCAGAAUCAAACUUGGAGUUCUUCUCUGUGAAAGAUCUCUCCAUUAGCUCUGCUCUAGUUUUCGACUCAGACGACAAACUUGAACUGCACACGAAGCUUCGACCACAGGGCCUGAAUGAGGAAAACAAACAGUGGUAUGACAUCGAGAUUUAUUCCCACAAUGGAGGCCGAUCGAUCGGGCUGUGUACCGGUCUGGUAGCACGGGAGGCUGCUCUCGACACAGAAAUGCCGCAAAAUCUUACUUUGAAUGGAGAUUCCCACAGGCCGGUCAGUUCGGACUAUUGGUAUGAUAUGAUGGCAGAUCGUGGCAUCGAGUAUGGCGCCUCACAGCGAGGCCUCAGCGAUAUCUCGGUAGACUUCACAGAGAAGAAAGCUAGUGCCACGAUUAUGCCAAUGCUCGAUACAACGAACUCUGUCGUUCAUCCAGUCUUCAUCGACCACUGUUUGCAAGUCUCGAUGAUCGCAGCUUGCAAAGGCCAAGGUCGGCUCUUGGCCGAUCUGUCUGUUAUAACAUCAAUCCAGCACCUUGUUGUUUCCAACGACACGUGGGGCAAGCUUAGGGUCAACGGAGUGGUGAACCCGGGUCACUCUCAGGUUUCGACGUGCAAAAUUUCCGCUUUGAAUGAAAGUGGUCUUCCAAUCCUGAGUGGACAGUGCAAAAUCACCCCAAUCCACGACUUGGAACGGCAAUCAGGCAGAGAACUGUAUUCUUUCAUCAAUUGGGACACUGAUUCAACUUACCACAACUUGAACCAAUUUUUGGCACCCUUUCAGUCUGAUCUAGACCCAGCUGUCGCCCUCGAGCGCUUAGCUCUGCUCUAUGCUCUGAGGUCAGAGGAUAUUGGCGCACAAAGCCAAACAUACCCGAAGAGAAUUCUGAAGAUGGUUGGCACCAGGAGAAAAGGGGAAAUUCGGUCUACUCAUAAGAACCCCAAGCUGAAAGUUCUCGAAUUCGGAAGUGGCACGAAAGAUACCACAAACCGAGUGCUGAAGGCUCUUCGAACUCAAUUUGAUGAGCCAUUGUAUUUCUCCUACCUGUCCGCUUCGACGUCACUUCCAAAGGAGAGCCUCAGGGGAAACGGCAAUGCUCAGCCGCUCUUUUUCGACGCCGAGAAAAGCAUUGAAGAGCAAGGAUUGAAGGCGGGGACUUAUGAUCUCAUAAUUAUUACUGAUUUUGAGGCAUUGGCGAGCAAUGCAACAAUUGGUGUAAAAAGCCUCAAACAGCUGAUUCAUCCUCAAGGACAUGUAGUACUUCUUGAGGGAGUUCCAGAACCGGAAUGGUUGUUGGUACUGAAGGAUUACUUGGCCGAAGAGUCACCAAAUGCGUCAACUGGGUCUAAGACCAAGUCUUCCUUUGAAGAUGUGUAUGCGGCACUGACGGAGAAUGAUUUUGUAUUUGGCAAUCAUGAUAACACAUCGACCUCAGCGCCGAAAGUUUUUGCGCAGCUGAAACAAUGUGUGCCUGAAAGUUCAUCGGAAAUUACGGUCAUCGGUCCGGCGUAUCAUCUUCCUCUCAUUCGCGAAGUUGAAAAGACCUUCGGGGACCAUAACAUAAAGUGCUUGAAAAGCACGAUAGAUGAAGACAUACCACCUAGCCGAGACAUAAUGGUAUUUGUCGACUUCGACGAGCCAUAUUUGUACAACAUCACAGAAGCUGAACUGUCUCAAUUUGUUAAGCUUGUCUCAGUCAUGAAAGGCAAAAUGAUCUGGGUUACCCCAAGUGCCCAGAUUCAUUGCAAGAAUCCUAACUCAUCUAUGAUACUCGGACUGAUGAGAACAAUCAGAUCUGAAUUCAACAAGGACAUUACCACGGUGGAGCUGGAUACGAAGCGCACGAUGAAUGUCAGCUUGAGCAAGUCGCUCCUCAAAAUAUACAAAGGCCUCAGUCGUCGCACCAAGUCGAAAGACCUCGACUAUGACUACGAAUACGCGAUUGUUGAUGGAGAAAUCAAAAUACCGAGGCUCCAAUGGACAACAGCUGAAGCAGAGUAUGCUAAUCUAGCCACGCACUCUGCUGCACACGAUGUUGGCUCUCAAAACCCCAGUCCUAUCACCGCUAUGUCGGGGGACUGGGGGGGACUCGGCCGGAUGAUCUCGACAUGGAUGGUAGAGAAUGGGGCUCGGAACAUCAUUUUCCUUUCUCGCUCUGCCAAGGAAGGGCCUCAGACUACGCCUUUUUUUGAUGAGCUUCGAGCUCAAGGAUGUACGGUCACACCAUUUGUGGGCAGUGUCACAAAUAUGUCAGAUGUAGAAGAAGCCAUUAAGCAAGCGACGACUCCAAUCGCUGGCGUCAUUCAGAUGUCGGCUGUUAUGCGGGACAACUUAAUGUCACAGAUGACAUUCGAUGAGUGGCAAACAAGUGUACAGCCGAAGGUUCAAGGCACUUGGAACCUCCAUCAUGCUACCCCUUCCGCUGAUUUAGACUUUUUCUUGCUUUUUUCCUCAAUCUGCGGCAUUACAGGUCAAUGGGGACAGGGAAACUACAACGCGGCAAACUCGUUCUUAGACGCAUUUGUCAACUAUCGUCAUGGCCAGAAUCUUCCGGCCUCAGUAAUCGACAUUGGUUUCAUGGGAAGCAUUGGUAUGGCAGUGAAAAGCGAAGGUCUCAUGAAGAAUUUGAAGAGAAGUGGUUAUUACUUCCUCAAUGAGCGGCACCUCAUCAAUGCUUUGACUAUAUCUCUCGCGCAUUCACGUCCUGGAGGCGAUCGAUUUAUGCACCGAAGUCAGCUCGGUCUUGGUAUAAGAUCGACGAAGUCCAUGGCCACCCCUACAUGUCGGGUUGCUUGGAAGAAAGAUUCUCGGAUGGCUAUAUCACAUCACUUUGAACCUAUUGGUGGAAUCGGAGAUCACCAAGUGAAGAAUCUCCUGAAUUGUGCUUAUAGCACCGGGAAAGACUGA